CUUUAUUACACUUUCUCAUCUAUAUCUUGCUUUGUUUUGUGAAAAAAGGUCCUGAGUGUCCAAGAUGACCCAAUGGUCAGCAGUCGCUACCACAUAUGAUCCUCUGAAAGCUGGCAGCAUCGAUGGUACAGAUGACGAGCCACAUGACCGUGCCAUUGCACGGGCAAUGGGCGCCAAGUACAAGCCCAAUAAAAAUGUAGUGGGAGACCCUGAAUGCACUGUAUUUGUUGGAAGGCUAAGUCCUAACACUGAUGAAGAAAUGCUGGGAAGACAUUUCAAGUCUUAUGGUAAAAUAAAAAGGUUUCGUCUGGUAAGAGAUAUCGUGACAGGAUUCUCAAGGUGCUAUGGUUUCAUUGAAUUUUAUGACCGAGAGGAUGCCUACAAUGCUCAAAGAGAUGGAGAUAAGACAAUAUUAGAUGAGAAGGAAAUAUAUGUUGAUUUUGAGUGUGGAAGAACAUUGAAAAGCUGGAUUCCUCGUAGACUUGGUGGUGGAAUUUGUGGCAAGAAAGAAUCAGGACAGCUUAGAUUUGGAGGAAAAAACAAACCCUUUAAGAGACCAUUUAAUAUUAACAGCAUCCAGAAUCAAGAAGGAACAACAUUUCGUGAGAGACUUCAGGCAGCUGAGGGUGGAGAACAAAUAGACAGAGACAGAUCCUAUAGGUCAGACAGGGCAAGAGUCAGGGAGGACAGACAUGGAGAGGGAAGGUACGAGUCAAGGUCAACAUGCAGAGGUCGUAGAUCAAGGUCACGAGAUAGACACUAUAGAAAGAAGGAUCGUAGAUCUCGCUCAAGAGAAAGAAGAUGAUCAAGAAGCUGGAUCUGACAUUAUUGUUAACAUGUGAACUGAUUGUUGAACUAAUACAGAACUAUAGAACUGUCACCAUUUUUUUAUUUGCCUAUAACUCAUAUCAAUUGUACAUUAAAGCAAUCCUCAUAAUAGAUCA